UAACCCUUUCGGCCCCGGGGAGGGAAGAGGCGGGAUGCGGCUGCCUCGACCGCGUUUUGUUUUCUGCCCAGUUCCCUUCCGUCCUCCUCGUCGCGCCGCCGCCAUGGCUCAACUCCGUGCCUCUUCUUCCUCGUCGGCCACUACCUUUGACUACCUGGUGCUGGGGGGUGGCUCGGGCGGCUUGGCCAGUGCCAGACGCGCCGCGCAACUGGGAGCCCGGGCUGCUGUGGUUGAAAAAGGGCGACUUGGAGGCACUUGCGUGAAUGUUGGGUGUGUACCUAAAAAGGUGAUGUGGAAUACUGCUGUCCAUUCUGAAUUCAUUCAUGACCAUACGGAUUAUGGUUUUAAAAUAGCUGAUGUGAAGUUUAAUUGGAAAAUAAUUAAAGAAAAGCGUGAUGCUUAUGUGAAGAAACUGAAUGAGAUCUAUCAAAAUAAUUUGAAUAAGGACCACGUGGAAACCAUUCGUGGCCAUGCAUUAUUCACAGCUGACCAUGAACCUACAAUUGAAGUUGAUGGCAAAAAAUAUACAGCACCUCACAUACUGAUCGCUACUGGUGGACGGCCUAUAAUUCCCAGUGAAAGUGAAAUACCAGGAGCCAGUUUGGGAAUCUCUAGUGAUGGCUUCUUUGAACUUGAAGAGUUGCCCAAGCGAAGUGUUAUUGUUGGUGCUGGAUAUAUAGCUGUUGAAUUAGCUGGUAUUCUUUCUGCAUUAGGCUCCAGGACAUCCUUAUUGAUACGUUAUAAUGAGGUGCUGAGAAAUUUUGAUUCUAUGAUCAGUUCAAAUUGCACUCAAGAAUUGGAACAUAAUAGAAUAGAAGUCUGGAAACAUUGCAGGGUUCAAUCAGUUACAAAAUCAGCUUCAGGGCUCUUGGCAAUAACGGUUAUAUCCUCUUUUCCUAAUCAAAAACCCACUGUGAACACCAUUGAGAAUAUUGAUUGUCUUUUGUGGGCCAUUGGUAGAGAGCCCAAUACUGCGGAGCUAAACCUUGACCAAUUGAAUAUUAAAGUAGACAAGGCAGGCCAUAUUAUUGUUGACGAGUUCCAAAAUACCAGCAGAAAGGGAAUCUAUGCUGUUGGAGAUGUAUGUGGGAAAGCACUCCUUACACCAGUUGCAAUUGCGGCUGGAAGAAAACUGGCACAUAGGAUUUUUGAAAAUAAAAAGGAUUUUAAAUUAGACUACACCAACAUUCCAACUGUGGUUUUCAGUCAUCCACCUAUUGGAACAGUGGGACUAACAGAAGCGGAAGCGGUGAAUACAUAUGGAAAAGAGAAUGUGAAAGUUUAUACAACUUCUUUUGUCCCCAUGUACCAUGCAAUAACAGAAAGGAAAACAAGAUGUGUGAUGAAAUUGGUCUGUGCCACUAAACAAGAAAAGGUGGUAGGACUUCAUAUGCAAGGUUUGGGGUGUGAUGAAAUGCUCCAAGGUUUCGCAGUAGCUGUCAAAAUGGGAGCAACAAAGGCUGACUUUGAUGAGACGGUGGCUAUUCAUCCAACUUCUUCAGAAGAACUUGUUACACUUCGUUAAGCUGAACAUAGCUUGGCUUUCCCCAUGAUGAAUUAAGUUUUUUUUUCUCCCCACAAAAUUGUGCAAUUCAAGAAAAAUCUUCAUUCUGCUGUUACAAAUUUAUAUACAUGGAUAUAAUUUAUAUUAUACUUGAGAACAAGGAUUUUGGAUUUUAAAAAAGCUCCUUUUAGCUUGAUUCCUUGUGACCUUUUGGACAUAUUCAUAGUGACUUUGGCAUCAAUAUAGAAGUGAUCUGCCAUUGUUAUCUGGCAUGUUGUUUUCAGGUUCCCAGGGUAGCCUGCUUUAGUGUUUCCUAGUGGUCUCCUAUCCAAGUACUGACCAGAUUCAACCCUACUGGUUAGCCACUGAGCAGAGACAAAAGUAGUAAGAUGCUACCACCUGUUCAGACUGCAAUAAUAAAAUGUGCUAAAAGCAAAAUUAUCAUAUAACUUCAUUCUUUAAGCCCAAAGAGGAAAUAAAAAACCCCAUUUUGGGCUAUGGAGGAAGUACUGCAAUCAUAAACUCUAUAGUAAUUAGUAUUUUGGUUUAUUGAGUCUUGGAUUGUGAAAGAUGCCAUUUCCUGCCUACUGGACAAGAUAACCCAUGUAGAACUUAGCCCACAAGAGUUUAGUAAGAGCACUACUUUACUAUUUACUAAUCCAUAUUCUGUAAAACUCUAAACAUUUUGUUUAUGUUAUCCCCCUAUAAAAUUAAAACCCAAUAAGUAGGCUAUUCUAUGUACCUUCCUACAGAUGUUUGUAACUAAAAAUUAGGGAACAAACUUUUCAUCACCAAACAUUAUCACGUUCUAUAAAUCAUACCGCUAUGAGUUCCCAUUCAGCCAUAACCUUAUUAAGCAAUAUUAAUUUCUCUGUUAUGAGAAUUGAAAAAUGUGGAUUGGGGAGAUGGCUGCAUCCUAAGUAAUAUAUACAACUAUAUUCUGUUUGUUAUUGCCGUGAGGCCCAGGAGGCAGUAGGGCUGAUUGCUAUCACCUAUUUAGCACAGCCUAGGGAACACAUAUAGCUUUUAUGGGAUGCUAUGGGCGUGGGUGACUUAUGUUCCACUGCUGCCUCCCUAUAGAAGAUUUGUAUAUAAUUACCUAGAUUGUGUGUAUAUGCUUGCUUCUUUGCCAUGUUCUUAUCAUAUGCUAAAUAAUAUACAACUAUAUAUUCCUAAUGUAUUUCUGAAACAACAGCCAGUAAGAUAUUUAUUCACUUUCACAAAAUAUUUGGAGUUCAAAAUAUUAAUUCUAAAAUAUACUUGCACAUAAGUUCUGUAUGAUAUAAUGGGACUAAUGAACAUCAUUCUAGGAAUUUGUCCCAUUGCAUUUUCACAAAUACUAAAUUAAAUGGGAUGUAGGAAGUCUUGCAACACUUGUGUCCUGUUAAGAGAAUUAGGCUGUUUGUAUUUUAUGUUCAAUUUACUUUACUUUAAUAAGUUUACAGCAUCAUUUUGCCCUUCGUUUAAAAGAGAUUUUAACUUGAGAUUUCAGGUGUACUAUUUUAAAUUCACUAGUUUAAAUCUGAAAUCUUUACCCUCUUGGAUUACAUUUACGAAACUAUAUUUUGGUUUAAAAGAACACAAGAUGGUGGUCAUUUUGUAUUUCAUCUUAAUAGUAGGCCUGAAAAUUUAAUUAAAGAAU